AGCUGUAAACGUCAACCAGGAUCUCUGCUAAGGAAAGAAGACAUGAAUAGCGGAACGCACAAUAUUUACCGUUAUGAUUAACAAGAUAACAUCAGAAACGCGUGGCGCUUAUGAAUAAGAGCAGAGUAACAAAGACCAGGCCGUAUUUUCGGCUGUUGCGAUAAAGAAUCUGCCCAGCAUCUUCGGCUCUACGUUGAUCAUUGAGUAUGGCCUGGAUAUGGAAGAGGAAGUCGGUCAUCGCGACGGGCCUGAUCGUGGUGGUGUCUCUCUUCGUGGUGGUGGUGAACUACUCGGAGAAGCCCUAUGACCUGCUGCAGCCUGUGUUUGGACAGAGUUUCAGUGGCCAUUGGAUGUUUUCCCGGCAGCCUACCAAGACAUACAAACCCCACCCAGGCUACGUCAGCAUCCCCAAGCAGGAGCCUCUGAAGCUGCACUGUGACGUGUGCAGCGUGGUGUCCAGCUCGGGCCAGAUGUUGGGCCAGCAGGCGGGGGCCGAGAUCGACCGCUCGUCCUGCAUCUGGCGCAUGAACAACGCGCCGACGCGGGGCUUUGAGCGCGACGUGGGCCGCCGCACCACGCUGCGGGUGGUCUCGCACACCAGCGUGCCGCUGCUCCUGCAGAAGCCGCACUAUUUCUUCGGUCACGCCAACGACACGGUCUACGUGGUGUGGGGCCCGCUCCGGAACAUGCGCAAGGACGGCAAGGGCAUCGUGUACAACAUGCUGAAGCAGGCGGCCGACAACUACCCGCAGGCGCGCAUCUACGUCACCACCGAGGAGCGCAUGAACUACUGCGACAUGGUCUUCAAGAAGGAGACGGGCAAAGACCGCAUACAGUCGGGAUCCUACCUCAGCACUGGCUGGUUCACCCUCAUCCUGGCCAUGGACAUGUGCAAAGAGAUCCGGGUGUACGGCAUGAUCAACGACACAUACUGCAAGAUGGAGGGCUACCGGAAGGUUCCGUACCACUACUACGAGGCCGGGAGCCGGGACGAGUGCGCCGAGUACCUGCUUCAUGAGAGCGCGCCGUACGGCGGUCACCGCUUCAUCACCGAGAAGGCCGUCUUCGCCAAGUGGGCCAAGAUGCACACUAUCAAGUUCUUCAACCCAGAGUGGCAGCUCUCGUGACACACCCCCAUCACACACACACACACACACACACACACACACACACACACACACACACUCACACAUACAUACACACACACCAAAACCACCACCACCUUGUGACUUGGCACAGAGCUCUCUGAGCUGUGAGGGACGGCACUCUCCUGUCUGCAUGCACCUUAGAGAAAGGAGACAUUGACACGUAAGUGCAGGACGUCCUGUGUGUGAGACUCUCCAAGCCCCCUCUGCUGUGAAGAGCGUGUGAGGAUCCAGUCCCUUUUCAAGGUCAGGAACCGAUUGUACUGUUUGCGGUUGGAAGCAGUGUAUUGGUCUCUCUCUCUCCAAUAGACAAUCAAGCACCAUUGUUUGGACUGAUGCACUCAGUCGAACAAAUAAUGCCCGCUGACACCAUGUGGUGUGCAAAAGUGAGGUGGUAACCUUGUGAAUGUUUGUAUUCGUACACUGUCCAGCUGUCGAUUUCUGCACCAGAGCAGCCACGGGAAGGUCAUUCAAGCAAAGGCCAUCGAGCUGAAAGAACUGCUGCUUGACAUUCACAAGAUGACGAGGAAGUGCAAUCAUAAAUCAUAGAUUUUUUUUCUCUCUCUCUUUCUUUAUUUCCCUCUCUCUGUCUUUCUUUUUCACAAGAAAAAGCUGAAUUUUUGAAUCUCCAUGUGAUGCACUACCAAUUCGUAGAAAUAUGAAUUAUUCUGGGCUGCUGUCAGUGUUUUUUAGCUGAACAGACUGUUUCUCACAAAGGCUUUUUUCCUGCAGUGAUCAAGGCAUCACACGGAUCAAAGUUUAAUAUUCUUUGUGUGUGGAUGAAAUCCUUCAUCCUUCCCUUGACCAAAAGCUCUAUACAUGUUCAAACACACACAUGCAUGUGUGCACACUCACACUAUCAUACACGCACACAUA